AUGGCUGGGAAUGGUGCUGCUAGUGGUGCUGGGUUUGUCAAUGCAUCUGCAAUGCUGCCUGGUGGGUCUGCCUUUGCCCCAGCUGCUGCUGCUGCUGGUGCUCCUACUGCUGCUACUUUUGUUGUUGAUGAUGAUGUGCAUGUUGUUGCUGGUGCUACUACUAUUGGUGAUGGUGUUGGUGCUGCUGAUGGUGCUAUUGCAGCAGCUAGACCACCCAUGAGGUGGAUAGCAAACACUAGUGGCUUUGUCCUUAGGAGGAUGAAGCAACAGAUUGAAAGUGGGGCUAGAGCAGAUAAGGGAAUUAAUGACAAGGAGGUGAACCAGGUAGCCAAACAGCUGAGAGAGUACUGUGGUGAGGAAGUGUCCUCCACCCAAGUGUACAACCACUUGAGGAAAUAG